UUGCAUGAACUAAGAAACUUAAAGAAAGAGCAAAGAAAAAUAAAGCCAAAAGGAAGCAGUCCACCUUCCACGCCAUUAGCUAAUAGUUUCCAAAAGCUAGAGGGUGAAGAGCAUGGUAUAAAUAAGAGGCCGUACUUGGAAACAAAAGAUUCAAAAGCUAGCUAGCUAGCCAGCCAGCCAUACAUGGCUGAAAAAUCUUCCCGGACAAGAAGCACCGCUCCGUUUCUAUCUAAGACGUUCGAUUUGCUAGAAGAAAAUGACGGAGGAGAUGGUGGUGGGAAGAGAAAUAUUGUGUCAUGGAAUGUAGAGGGCACUGGAUUUAUAGUAUGGUCUCCUGAUGAUUUCUCAGAGCUCUUGUUGCCUAAAUAUUUCAAGCACAACAAUUUCUCCAGCUUCAUUCGCCAGCUUAAUACCUAUGGAUUCAAAAAAACAUCACGAAAAGAGUGGCAAUUUAAGCAUGAGAAAUUCCAGAAGGGCUGCAGGGAGAUGCUAGUGGAGAUCACCAGGAAGAAAUGCGAACCAAGUGCUUUUCCAGUGUAUCUAAAGGCUUCAGAAGAGAGUGGGAGCACAAGCACUGCAGUGGUAGCAGCAGAAGAAAACAACUGCCUGCUAUUAAUGGAGGAGAAUAAGAACCUGAGAAAGCAGAAGUUGGAGCUGCAGGUGCAAAUAGCUCAGUUCAAAACACUGGAAAGUAAGCUGUUGGACUGCGUUGCUCAGUGCAUGGACGACCAUCAGAACAAAGUUCGAUGCUGAUGGCACACUACAAAUUAGUUUGGCUUUAUGGAAUAAAAGAAUUGGCAGUUCAUUGAAACGAUAUCUCUAAACAAUUUCAUUCGAGUGGAUGACCGUUUUAGCCAUAUGUAUGAAUAAAAGAAAUUGGCAGUUCAUCACGAGAAUACUAAUUGUUUACCUUAA